UUUUGAGACCUCAGCCCAAGAUCCUUAUAGACGGUGCCGACAUCGGAGGCUUGACGGCGGCGCCGUCUCUCGACGCCGCUGGCUUCACCGACGACAUCCAACUCUUCGAGGCCUCGUCGCAAGUCACGACUCUCGGCGUCGGCGCGGCGGCCUCGACGUGGGCGGGUUCGUCGGCAUGGCGGACAAGGAGUACGACUUUCCGAUGAGCGACCGCGAGCCGGUCAGGCGAUGGAGUUCCAGGCGGCAGACGCAGCUCGGCGAUGGGGGGCACGCCACGUAAACUGCCUGCUUCAAUGGCGCGUCGUAGGCCGUUAUCAAUGCAUAGGCGCUGGCGAGGCGGCUCGGCGAGUGCCUCGGGGACGUGGAGUGAGCGCUACGGGCGUACGAGGCCGAAAGGCUGCGCCGACGGCCAAGACCGUCGUGGCGAAACGGGGCAACGGACCCACCAGGUGUUGCAGGUGUUCGAGGAGAGGGCUCCUGACAGAUUCGGGAACGUGUACCAUGUCGUUUCGGAGGAGGAGCUAGAAGACAUCAGCAGAGCGUAUAAGAAGGAAGCCGGGUUCGAGAUAGGGGGCGUCAACCCUAAGCCUGGGAGACUGAGGGUUUCAGCGAAAGACUGUGGUUGAAGAACCCCAGGGACUCAAAGAUUGGGUUAGAUAGCGGUUGAUGUUU